AUGCAUAUUAUAUACAAAGAAAGACCACUGCAUAAACGGCUAUAUGUGAUUCCGCUGUAUGUCCUUCCUGCCAUGCUGCUGACAAGCGGCUAUCCACAGGCGAUGUUUGUGUUUACGUUGCUGGUGUCGGGGACGAUGUUCCUGUCGACAUUCUGGUCUAACAAAGUUCGUAUUUUGUUUUCAAUGGACCUUAAUUCCAAGGGAAGCUAUAUACUGUACCGUGGUUCGCUGUGCAAGCUCAAGGACGGAGUAUUUGAGUAUGAGAAGUCUGGAUAUCUGGUUACCGGUGAGAAGAUUGUUAGACUCAGGGCGAACACAGAGAAGCCGUUUGGAUACUUUAUGAAGUGGGAGGAAAAGAGAGAUGAGUUUGUUGAGGCAGAGCUGUUGAAGCACUUCAAGAAGAACAGAUUUGACAUUGUGCCCCCGUCGUUUUCUGAGUUAUUUCUGCAGCACGCUGUGUCUCCAUUGUUUGUGUUCCAGGUGUUUUCUGGGCUGCUUUGGUGUCUUGACGAGUAUGUUUACCAGGCGAUGUUUAGUCUUGUGAUGCUGGUUGUUCUUGAAUCUGGGCUUGUUUUCCAAAGGAUGAUGACUGCAAGACAUUUCAGGAGGAUGAGCCACUCCAACGUUGAUGUGGAGAUUCUGUAUGAUAGCAGGAUGAAUGCAAAGAAAGGUGAAGGCGUGAUGGGGUCGUCCGAAAACCUGUUUCCUGGGGAUGUUGUCAAGAUUAGCUCCAGCAUACAUGUCCCCUGCGAUCUUCUGUUGGUCAAGGGAUCUUGCGCUGUGAACGAGGCAAUGCUUUCCGGUGAAUCUGUUCCGCUCACAAAAGAGGAUAUUUCUGAAAGAGAUGCAGAAGACAUAUUCGACGGAGGCAGAGAUAGGAGACAUAUUUUGUAUGCCGGGACUGAGAUAGUGAUGAUGAAGGAUUCUCCGCUAGUGUGUUUCGUGCUCCAUACGGGAUUUGAGACUGAGAAGGGAGGCCUUGUCAGGAAGAUGAUGUGCGCCGAGGAAGUGACUGUGAACGAUAGAGAGGCAUUUAUUUUUAUACUUGCACUUCUGGUGUUUGCGAUUGUUGCGUCGUUUUAUGCAUAUAGGGAGGGAAAGAAGAUGGGAAAGUCGAAUUAUAAGCUGCUUCUGGAGGUGAUUUUGAUCUUGACUAAUGUGGUUCCCACCGAGCUUCCGAUGGAGCUGAGCAUGGCGGUGAAUAGCUGUGUAAGGGCCCUUGCCCGGAAAGGAGUUUACUGCCUCGAGCCGUUCAGAAUUCCAUAUGCAGGGAAAGUGAAUGUAUGCUGCUUUGACAAAACCGGGACGCUGACGGAGACGGUUAUGGAGGUCGCAGCAGUUAAGCAUGAGACGGAAAACUCUGUAAGUGUGCUCGCCAGCUGCCAUUCCUUGCUGUCGCUUAAUGGAAAGGUGACGGGGGAUCCCUUGGAAACAAGUAUCUAUGAACACCUGAGGAAUACAGAACCAUUGAAUAGCAAAUGUCUUGAGCACACGAUCCACAAGGCAUAUUCCUUUUGUUCCGAGCUAAGAAGGAUGACGGUGGUGGUAGAAGCCAAAGGUAAGAGGUUUGUUGGGAUGAAGGGGGCUCCCGAGGUUGUCAAGCUGUAUCUGGACUCUGUGCCUGAGUUUUAUGACGACUAUAAGAAGUAUGCAGCUGACGGGUAUCGUGUGCUGGCCUUAGGGUUCAAGCCGAUUGAGAAACAAGAUAAGUAUGAUAGAACAGACGUUGAGUCGAAGCUGUCAUUUGCAGGAUUCAUUUUGUUUGAUUGUAAGCUGAAGAAAAACGUGAGAAAGACUAUCGAGUCUCUCCAUGGAUCAGGACAUAAGGUGAUAAUGAUAACCGGAGACAAUGUACUUACGGCAAGGAAUGUCUCCAAGAAGAUUGGGAUAUCGGAUAAGGCGGUGGAGGGAUCAGAGAUAGACAAGGUGCUGGAAAGUGACGAGUUCUUUUCUGUAUCGAUUUUUGCUAGGGCGGAUCCUGCCCACAAGGAAAAGAUCAUCGAAAAAUAUAACAAGGCAGGAAGGUACACAUUGAUGUGCGGGGACGGAACAAAUGAUGUUGGAGCACUAAAAAGCGCCCACGUGGGAAUAGCUCUUAUGGAGGCACCAGUAGCCGUGAAGAAGAAGGGGGAGCCAAAAACCAGAGAAGAGAGGAUGAUGGAAAGCAUAUCGAAGGAUCUGGGAGAGGAUAAAAUCAAUCUUGGAGAUGCGAGUGUUGCAGCGCCGUUUACAGCAAAGACUGGGUCACUUGACUCCGUUCUCGACAUCAUAAGGCAGGGGAGAAGCGCUUUGGUGACAACGAUCCAAAUGUACAAGAUCCUGGCGCUGAACUCUCUUGUUAGCGCGUUUUCUUUGAGUGUUCUUGAUUGCAUGGGGGUUAGGUAUGGAGACGUCCAGCUGACUGCCUCCGGGCUUCUUAUUGGGUUUGCAUUUAUGUUCCUGACCCAGAGCCGGCCUCUUGAGGAAAUAAGCAAGAAAAGGCCUCUGACGAACAUAAUCAAUCCAUACAUCGUUUCUUCUGUUGUUUUGCAGGUUGUUGUUCACAUAGCCUCUUUUUUUAUUAUGAUAGGGAGGAUAAGGAAUGUAGAAACGCCGGUGUAUAGUGAGAAGUUCUCUCCCUCUCUGAUGAACUCGGCCCUGUUCUUCCUGUCUACGACACAGCAGAUAUCUACGUUUCUUGUGAAUUACAUAGGAAGGCCGUUCAGAGAAAGUCUACUGGAGAACAAGAAGCUUCUUGGGUGCCUCCUUAUCCUGCUGUUUGUCAUACACCAACUUGUGAUGGGAAGCAACGAUGAGCUCCGUGUUAAGAUGGAGGUUGUUGAUAUGGGGAGUGCAAAGAUGUUCGUUUACGCCGUGCUGGUGAUGGACAUAGUUCUAUGCUAUCUGGUGGAGAAGGUAUGCUUCCAUGUGUUCAUGCUCUAA